AUGGGUGAAAGUAGAAAACGCAAAUCAUUGUGGGAUAUGGAGGAUGAGACUAAACAUCUUUCUGGAAUGACUGAAUUUAAUUCUUCAACUGGGAAGGAGAACCAUUCAACUUUUGAUAGUGGGCGCCGCAACAGAUUUUCUGCACCAGGAAUCGCUAGUGCACCGAAGUCCAGAGAUCAUUCUGGAAGGCCGAAUUGGGAAUCUUUAGAGGGGAAAACAUUAGCACCCACAGUUGACAGCUUCUUCAAAAAUAGACAAGAUAUCGCUGAAGCGAAAGAAAUAGGCAGGGGAAAAAUCUAUAACAAAAAUUUGUCUCCUGGUUUUGAUGUAGUGGAUUGGCGUAAGCGUGAUCACACUCCAGAAUACGAUUGGAGCGGUUCUGGCAGGUAUCUAGGAAGAGAUAGAAGUCGAAGCAGGAGCAGGAGCAGGAGCAGGAGCGGAAGGAGAGGCAGGAGUCGAAGCAGGGACAAGGCAAGGGACAGAGGCAGGGGCUGGAGCAGGAGCAGGAGCAGGAGUAGAGGCAGAGGCGAUGGCAUUGUAAGGGGUCAGACAAGAAGUCGUACCCCUAUCCGUGAUCAUAGACAAUCUAGUGGAUGGGGUGAUGGAAGUAGGCAUGAAAAAUUAUCCCGAACCUGUAGAGAUUUUGCCACAGGAAGGUGCAGGAGAGGCAGUCAAUGUAGAUUUCUUCACCCUGAUAAUAUCAACUGCAGUGAUCGAAACCGUGUCGAAGAUGACAGAGCAGAAAAUUUGAGAAAUAGACCGGAGCUUGGCCAUAUUUCAGGUCAUUCUAACGAUAGAGGUCCUGGGACCCAAUCCCGAAAUGACGUUUAUGAUCUUUAUUAUGAAGAAGAUGAGCAGUUCAGAAACCAAAGUAGAAAUGCAUUUCCUUGCAGAGACUUUAUGAAGGGUAACUGUCGUUGGGGAGACACAUGUAGAUUUUCUCAUCACGAAGCUUCUGGUGAUAGUUAUGGCAAAGGUGCUAGAGAUGCAUUCUUCAGUAGGGACAUCGAGCAACAAGCAAACAAAAAUGUGAAACCCUCUUGCAAGUUUUUUGCAGCAGGCAAGUGCAAUCGGGAUAAUUGCAGAUUCUCUCAUGAAGGUCCAAAGAUGAACAAUCUUGAAGGUAGGCCAGGUGAAGACACAAGCAGCUUGAGUUUGGACGACAAGAGUAAAUGGUGGAAUGAAAGUUGGGAUGAUUCAGUCAAAGUCUCAGACAAAGUGAAGUCCACCCAAACUGUUGUGGCUAACAUGAAUAUUGUUGGUGAAACCGCUAUAGGAAGAACUGAUGAUAGAUUGGACCAUAGUUUGGAAAACAAGAGCAGAACUUGGGGAAUCCCAAAACAGAAUGACAAUUAUUUGAAGAGAGACCAACAACUUUCUCUUAUCGGGGGAAGUGGUAGUCAUGAUGUGGACAUGGGCAUGACCGUAUCUAUGGGUAAAGAAAGUAUAGCUGACAAACAAGAAAUUAAUUUCCAUGAUUCAGAAUUGUCAAAUGAGGAUGGAAUUUCACAUGCUUAUGGACGAAAUACAAUGCAAGAGGGCCACAGUCUUGCUAUAAAAACCUCACAACAGAAUGUUUUUUCUGAUUCACAUAUUCAGAAGUACCACCAGGGGCCUGUAGAGGAUAAUGAUGUAAAUUUAUUUGGGUCUGAUGCUCUUGAAGUAAAUGGUUCCGGAAAUGCCAAACACCCACUUCUUUUACCUGGACAGAUCUUCAAUCAAAAUGACGAGAGCUUGUUCCCUGGAGAUUCCUCAUUUCCAAAUGAAACUGAUAGAAAUCAACAUGUGCUCAUUGACUUGAAUGGGCCUCAGCAACAUAAAAUCUCUCCUUCAAGGUUGCAAAGUCAGACACAGAACCUUCAGAUUGCUGUUAAAAAACCGGAUAUGUCAGAACUCCAGGCUCCUCAAUUUGUUUCCAAUGCUGUAGCCGAUGAGCAGGCUGCUCAAAUGACAAAAUCACCAGUUGGCGAACAGGGUGCUCCUGUAAUAAACUCUUCUGCAUUUAUGGCUCAGAGGUUUGUGAAUGAAGAACAGCCAGGAUUUGACACAUCCAUUGCAACGAGGAGCGUGCCUUCUUAUUCUGAUACUACUUAUUUUGUCCCUCUCAUCAACAAAAUGAAUUCAAAUCCGGCUACAAGUUCUCUUGAUCUGUUGGAUUCCAUUGGAAAUGGCAAGGCGGAUAUUGAGAGCAGCCAUAAUCUAGCAUCUGCAACUGUGUCGGUAGAACAGAAAAAUCAGAUGCCUGUGGAACAGUCCUCACUGCUAUCUACUGUUGACCAUGUAUUUGGCAGUUCAACUGCGAAGCAUAGUCCAAAAGCAAAAGAACCGAAAAUAAAUUCAAAUCCUGAAGUCAAUGGAGGCAGUCAAACUAUUGAGGAAAGCAAGGGUGGGCAAGAAAAUAAACAUCCUGAAAAUGUGGGUGGCCAAGGGAAAGUUGAUGAAGGCAGUGCUAUGAAGUAUGACAAGGGAAUGCGAUUGUUCAAGAAUGCUCUUGUUGAGUUUGUUAAGGAGAUACUAAAGCCUACAUGGAAGGAAGGUUGGAUGAGUCGGGAAGUUCACAAAACCAUUGUGAAAAAGGUGGUUGAGAAAGUGACCAGUACAAUUCAAGACGAUCAUAUUCCAAAGGCACAAAAUAAAGUAGAGCAAUACUUGAUUGCUUCUAAACCAAAAAUUACCAAACUCGUUCAGGCAUACCUGGAGCGAAUUCGUAAGACAGAGUCUUGA